AUGCGCGCUACGACGAGAUGUCUGGCGAAGGGCUUCUGGGGCCGCAGCAUCGACGAGUUCAAGCGUCUCUCCAACAUUGCAUUAAAACUAGAAGGCAUCAAAGGCCCCCAAGGCCCGAAACCCCUGCACGACUUCCACAGCCCCGACUCGAUCCGCGACUGCAAGCUCAUGUGCGACGUCGACAUGGGCGGCUACUCCAAAGCAUCUCUCGACUGGGUACCCGAGGAUAAGACCAAUCGCGUCCACCUCCCUGCGCACGCCCACUUCCACGGUACUAUCUCGACGGCCCUGCCACCUCAUAGGCCCGAGAUCCAGCGGUCCGGCUUCGCCGCCUGGCGCACCCUCGACAAGGCACCCACCAUCUUUGGCCGUACGCUGUGGGACAUUGACAUGUAUACGUACCUGGCGCUGCGGGUCAAGUCAGACGGGCGGAGCUACUUCGUCAACGUGCAGACGGAGAGUGUGGUGCCUACGGACCUGCACCAGCACCGCUUAUUUGCGAAGCGUCCGGGCGAGUGGGAGACGGUGCUCAUCAAGUGGAACGAUUUCGUGCGGACCAACCACGGCUUCGUCAUUGAGCCUCAGACCGAGAUGCUGAGGCAGAAGGUGAAAAGCGUUGGUGUGGGUUUGACGGAUCGCGUGCCUGGCCCCUUCGAAUUGUUCAUUGAGAGGAUAUGGGCAACCAAUAAUUUGAAUGAGGCAGAUAGUCCUCCGAGUGAGGUUGAGCCGGUGCAGCAAGGUCAAUUGAGGAAUAAAGAAGGAAAGCAAAUCAAGUGGAGUGAAAGUUGA